GUGUCAAUGCUGCGCUCUUCUUUUGUUUAUUUCCAAUUACGACACAAAUGAGCCAAGACAGCGUACCAAGCAGUUACCCAUCCUCACAAAACUUGGAUGCCAAUGUUAUAUCAUCUACUCAAGGACAAAACAUAGGCCAUACCAAAAAUCCGGGAGCCACAAGGGUAUCACAAAACGAGCAUGACCUGAUGCAAACAGAUUCAACCAAAGGACCCGUAAAAGCCGAACGCAGUUCCACCCCUAUUCAAAAUGAGCAUGCUGAUAAAAGCAUUCAUCCAAAUGCAUCUUCAGCCGUUGGCGGCAACCAUGCAGAAUGCUUCCGUUCCCCCUUGCAUGAAUUGCCUGCAAUGGCAUGUCGUACCGAAUAUCAUGGUCCCCUUCGAUCGACCCUUGACAUACCUCAUCAGUAUCGUGGCCUUUUUCCCUUCAAAGACUUUGACGCCGUUCAAUCUGCUUGUUUGGACAGUAUUCUUUAUAGCGGCGAGAACCUUGUCCUCUCAUUGCCUAUGGGUUCAAGGAGGUCUACUUUGUUGGACCUCGCGAUAGUGAAUGUUUUACAUGCGGAAUACAGCGCGCCAUGUAUUAUCUACAUCGCUCCAUCCAAAUUGGCGGGUACUACAAGAGCAAAAGUGUGGGAACCAAAAUUCUGUCCCUUCAACGUCAUCUGCAAGCACGUAAUCGAAGAGGAGGAACAAGAUUUUCCCAGCAACUUACCAAAGACUAUUAUCUGUACAACCACGGCUGGCGGGCUAGAUAGAAUGAUGCGUCGCUCUGUCAACACCAAGGAGCGAUUUCAAUCUGUGAAAUUACUGAUAAUCGAUGAGAUUCGACUCAUCGGCGAAAGCGAAGGGUCCAUUCUAGAAGCAUGUAUCUGUAGACUCAAGCGAAUGGCGAUUCGCUUCCGAUUGUUAAUUAUUACGUCCGCCCUAUCCAACUUGCAAGAUAUCGGUGAUUGGUUUGAUGCAAAAGUAUUAGAUCUUUCAAGCAUUACCUGUUCGAAACAUGUCAAAACACACGUUUACGGCGUACCUUUCCAAGGCGAUAAUGUAUUUCAGUUUGAGAAACGAUUAGACUGGAAGCUAUUUGACGUUAUCCAAGAACAUGAAGAUGACCAAAGCGUACUGAUAGUAAGACAAACAUCCACACAUACGACAAAUCCGAUCGGUCUAACAAGCUCUCGUCAGUACUGCUCUACACGGAAAUCGGCAGAAUCGGCUUGUAACGUGCUGAAAAGAAUGAUGGAUACACACCAUGUAGUAUCUUUUGGAAAAAAUGCACAAGAUAUCUCACUCAAAAAUGGGUACUUGUCGGAUUAUGUCAGAAGAGGCAUCGCGUUUUACCAUGCAGGAGUCAGUGUGCAUGAUCGGCGUAUCAUUGAACGUUUGUACCUGGAGAAAUCCAUCCGUGUUGUCGCAAUGACGAUAACCUCGAACACAAUGAUGAAAUGGCCUGCGCAUAUUGUCAUUGUAAAAUCGACCAAAGAGUACUGUAAUGGUCAUUUUCGCGACUAUACGAGCAGUGAAUUACUACAGCUCAUCUGCUCUGCUGGACGUUCCGGAUUAGACAUACCAGGUUGCGCGAUUAUACUGACCAAACUCAGUAUGGAGGAUCACUACCGCGCGUUAAUAUCCAACCAGUUUGUGGUGGAGAGCAGUUUGCACCGAAACUGGCUCGAAUUGUUAUUGCCGGAAAUCUGUCUCGGUCAUAUUACAGAUAUGGGUUCUGCUGUUCAAUGGUUAUCAUGCAGUUUCCUGCAUAUACGUCUGCAAAAAAAUCCGAACCAUUACUAUGUAUCGAAAAAUGCACAUUCGGCGAAUUCGGUGGAUCAGUUUCUUCGUGAUUUAUGGAUUGAAGCAGUGGCUUUAUUGGAGAAAAGUCAGAUUAUUGCUAAAAACAAAGUCUCCUGUUACGAGCCAACAGGUUUUGGAAAAGCAAUGAACCAGUACAAAAUAUCUUUGCAGACAAUCACACAGGUUUUGCACAUGAAAUCGUGCAACUCCAUCUUGGAUAUGCUACAACUUGUAAGCCAUGCAAACGAGUUUGCGUCGGUCCGAUACGGGCAGGGCGAAAAAGCGUUUUUCAGUUCGCUAGGACGAAAUCCGAAUAUACGUUAUCACUUGCCUCACAAGCCAGUUACGGUGCCACAUAAAAUCUUCCUUGUGCUCCAGUGUGUUAUUGGUGACAUUAAUCUUCGGGCGGUGUCUCCCGGGAGCCAGCUUGCUCACGAGGCGCUUAAUAUUACGGAGCAGGCAAAGCGGAUCAUCAAAUGUGUCAUUGAAUGCAGCGUUCACGAGCAAAAUGCCCUCAAAUUGGAAUAUGCACUGGAACUGUACCGUAGUCUUCAGGCAACAACAUGGGCAGAUUCCCCUCAGCAACUACGCCAAGUUGACAGCAUUGGACCGCAAUUGGUGAAACGAUUAGCCAAAGCCAAAAUAUUUACACUUGAUGACAUACGCAAUACUGAUGAAAGGCGGUUGGAAAUGAUUAUGCAUCGCAAUCCUCCGUAUGGAAACAAGCUGAAAGCUGCGGUGGAUCGUAUUCCUCAACUGGAAAUGACGUGCAACGAUGGGAUGAAUCUGGAUAUUGUAUUGAGUGUGCGCAAGACAAACGUACGAUCGCCGAAAAAUGGCAAAGGUCGCUUUGUAUUGUUCUGGGUGGCAGCCAGUGAUCGGACCUUGCAUCGAUUUGACCGAAUACCGGUUCGGGAAUUCUAUCAAGAAUCUCGUCAUGUUCACUUAACGCUUGAAGAUUGUCCGCGAACGGCGGAAAUCACAUGUCAUUUCCAGAGCGAGGAUUAUGUCGGUAUGAACGUCUCAACCAUUGUUAAACCAAGGAUCGAUUCAGCUGCGUCGAAAGAUAUGUUCCCCGAUUUAGACGAUCCGUUUCUGGAUUCUUUGGAUAAAUCAACACCAACCGGUAUCUGUGAAGAGGUCUGCCCUUCUGCUCCAGCAAACUGCACAUCCACAAUGGCGUCAUCCACGUUUGAAGAGGAUAUAAAACGUUGCAAGCAUAAAUGCAAAGAGAAACACCUUUGCGGUCAUUCAUGCUGUAAAAUUGGAUUGCAUCAGGUGGUGACGGUUGACAAGCGGAAAACAAGCAACGAACAGUCAUAUAUUCGCAAAAGAAUUAAAAUGCAACAAGAUUACCUGCCACCGCCACUAUUAUCUAGUUCAAAUCCUUCCAACGACAUUUCCGAGUGCAACUACCUGGCAUCCGCAGAAAAAUGUAUCGACAACGUAUCAACAUGCUGUGAAACCGAAGGCAACUGGGUGGAUUACGUGUGCGAUGCUCUGGAGAAUAAAUACUCCUCGCAAAUCAGCCCUUAUAUGACGAACGAAUCAGAAGGGCUCGUUUCACUUACUCAGAUCUUCAACAGCGACAAUGAAUGGCCUUUGAACCCAGAAGAAGUAUCCUUGACGAGUAAUGAGGAAAAUCUAUUUGAUUCUGUGAUCGAUGAUGGACACGACCUUCACUCCGGUGGCAGUCCGUUUGUAUGGGAUGAUGACACCGACAGCUCAGCACUCGUUGGCGAUACCUCGAAUGUCAGCACGUUAGAAGCCUGGACUACCCCUUUGAACAAUGAGGAAACACUACUGUCGCAGUCUCUUGAAUCGAUGAAUGGUGAAACGAACGACAUCGAUCCUACUUUGUCCCAAAGUCAUUCAUCAUCGAACACUGGAAAAUUACUCGAAGAAGUUAGUCUCUCACAAUGGAUGGAGGAAUAUGCCGAUAGUGUUGGUGAAUACUACUGUGUCGCUCUUUAAGCAGCAAACCACGUCAUCCCGGGCAGAUCAAUCCUAACUAACAAGUCACGACAAUCAUUCAUCAAAAGCUAGACCAUCGUUUGAUUCUACGUCGUGUGAUCCGCAUGAAACAGCUGACAUUUGUCAUAAAAGCUUGUUAUAACAAAGUUACAG